AUGAAAUCGGUAAACUCGUCGGAGGCCCAAGAAACAGCCUCUCCCUGGAAGUAUGUCACUGUUUCUUUAGUUCGACAUGCUCAGUGCGAAAGCAACGUCAACCCCAACUCGAAACCUGAUGACGCAGACCCUGAUCCUCUGACUUCCGAAGGUCAAUCUCAAGCGACAGCCCUUGGCAACUCUUACGCGCAUACUCGCAUCGACGUGCUCCUCUCAUCCACAUACGAACGCGCAGUCAGCACCGCUCUCGAGAUCUCAAAGUCGAACGACAACGACGUCCCCAUUACCAAAGAACCGAAUCUCAUUGAGCGUAAACUGGGAACUUCCAUCCCUCGACUUAUGAGCAAAGGACUUUUCAAGACUGCGAUCGCGGAGCGAGAUGGAAAUCUGUAUGAUGGGAGCGUGAAUCGCGAACACAGACCGCAAGGUGGAGGAGAGAGUUUGUCUGAUGUAGAGAGAAGGUCGGAGAAUGUGUUAGCGAUAUUAUUGAAGUAUGCUGUUGCUUUGGAUAAGGUACCGAGCGUAGUUGAGGGGAACGACCCUGUUCGGCGGUAUGAAGCGAGCACGGGCGAUGACGACACCGGAGGGCUGCAAGAAGUGCCAGAGGGCAUCAAACAUGUUGUACUGGUGAGCCAUAAUGCGUAUAUGGGGGAAUUUUACGAGAUGUUGCUGUCCUGGGGCAAAGACGACCAUGAGCAAACGGCAGUACAUUAUGGGAACACACAGUGGGUGACCGAUGAUGAAGAGACUGAGGUUCAGUUCUGGGAUCUCAAACCGCCUCCCUCUUAA